GUGACAGGAGACGUGACGUUAGCGCGUGCGUUAGCCAGCUCAGCUAGCCGUUUAAAAAACUGUCAGUUGAGCGGAGGAUGUAACGCUUAUUUUAUACAAUAAAUACAAAUACACCGUUAAGAUACCAGCGUUAGUUUAGCAGACACCGACUGGAUGGGAAGGGAGACACAGGAGGAAAUCCCUGGUGUUAAGUCUGUGGGGAAACCAUUUUAUUUGUCAAUGAAUCCGUCACAUUCUCUCGUCUUGUUAGCUUGAUCAAGCUACGCGCUAGCUCUGUGUCGUGGAUGGGUUCUCCUCACAAGUUACUCCUGGAAGAAACCUAGCGAACAUCAUGGACACUGCAGAAGAAGCGGAUAUUUGUCGCGUGUGCCGCUCUGAGGGGACCCCCGACAAACCCCUCUACCACCCUUGUGUCUGCACUGGCAGUAUCAAGUUUAUCCACCAGGAAUGUUUGGUCCAGUGGCUGAAGCACAGCAGGAAGGAGUACUGUGAAUUAUGCAAGCACCGAUUUGCUUUUACACCAAUCUACUCCCCGGACAUGCCCUCACGUCUGCCCAUCCAGGACAUCUGUGCCGGGCUGCUGACCAGCGUGGGCACGGCCAUCCGAUACUGGUUCCAUUACACACUGGUGGCCUUCGCUUGGCUCGGGGUGGUUCCUCUCACUGCAUGUCGAAUCUACAAGUGUCUGUUUACCGGCUCUGUGAGCUCUCUUUUGACACUGCCGCUGGACAUGCUCUCCACAGAGAACCUGCUAGCAGACUGUCUACAGGGCUGCUUCGUGGUCACCUGCACGCUGUGUGCGUUCAUCAGCCUGGUGUGGCUCCGGGAGCAGAUCGUCCACGGUGGAGCUCCGCAGUGGUUAGAGCAGCACCAGAUGCCUCCGCCUCAUGCAGCCGGACAGGCCAAUGAGGCUCCCGCUGCGGGGCAGGGAGCAGCUGAUGAGCCCCCUGCAGCCCAGCCGGCCCCCGCUGAUCCUCCAGCCCAGAACCAGGCCCAGCCCGAGCCCCCUGAUGUUCCUCCAGACCAGGUGGAGGACCCCGAGCUGGAGGAAGAGGAGGGGGCAGCAGCUGAAGAUGCAGACCCCAAUAAUGGAGCACAAGAUGAUAUGAACUGGAAUGCGUUGGAGUGGGACAGAGCGGCGGAGGAGCUCACCUGGGAGAGGAUGCUUGGCCUGGAUGGCUCACUGGUGUUUCUGGAGCAUGUUUUUUGGGUGGUUUCUCUGAACACACUCUUCAUCCUGGUCUUCGCGUUUUGUCCUUACCACAUCGGGCACUUUUCUGUCGUGGGUCUCGGCUUCGAGGAAUAUGUCCAAGCCUCCCACUUUGAGGGAUUAAUCACGACCAUCGUGGGCUACAUCCUGCUCGCCAUGACGCUCAUCCUCUGUCACGGACUCGCUGCUCUGGUCCGGUUUCAGAGAUCUCGACGGCUCCUGGGAGUCUGCUAUAUCGUUGUCAAGGUCUCUCUGCUGGUUGUUGUGGAGAUCGGUGUUUUUCCACUCAUCUGUGGCUGGUGGCUGGACAUCUGCUCUUUACAGGAGAUGUUUGAUGCGUCACUGAAAGACAGGGAACUGAGCUUCAAAUCUGCGCCGGGCACCACCAUGUUCCUGCACUGGCUCGUGGGAAUGGUCUACGUCUUCUACUUCGCUUCUUUCAUCCUCCUCCUGAGAGAGGUGCUGAGGCCGGGAGUGCUGUGGUUUCUGAGAAAUCUGAACGACCCAGACUUCAACCCGGUGCAGGAGAUGAUCCACCUGCCGAUCUACAGACACCUGCGGCGCUUCAUCCUGUCCGUGGUGGUGUUCGGCUCCAUCGUGCUGCUCAUGCUGUGGCUGCCCAUCAGGCUCAUCAAACUGCUGAUGCCCACCUUCCUGCCCUACAACGUCAUGCUCUACAGCGACGCCCCGGUCAGCGAGCUGUCGUUGGAGCUGUUGUUACUUCAGGUGGUUCUCCCCGCUCUCUUGGAGCAGGGUCACACUCGGCAGUGGCUCAAAGGCCUCGUCAGAGCCUGGACCGUCAGCGCUGGAUAUCUACUAGACCUCCACUCCUACCUCCUCGGGGAACAGGAGGACAAUGAGGGCAACCAGCCUGUGAACAACAACAACAACAACCCCCCUCCUGCUCACCACAACAACAACAACAACCCCGCCCCAGCUGUUGGCGAGGGCCUGCACGCAGCCCAUCAGGCCAUCCUGCAGCAGGGGGGGCCUGUUGGGUUCCAGCCGUAUCACAGACCCCUCCGCUUCCCAUUCAGAAUUGUGCUGCUGAUAGCUUUCAUGUGCCUCACUCUGCUGGUGGCCAGUCUGGUGUGUCUCACUCUACCAGUGUUCACCGGGCGCUGGCUCAUGUCCUUCUGGACGGGAAGCUCUAAAAUCCACGAGCUGUACACGGCGGCGUGCGGGCUGUACGUCUGCUGGCUGUCGAUCCGCGGCGUCUCCGUGCUGCUGGCCUGGAUGCCGCAGGGUCGCACCGUCAUCGCACGCAAGGUUCAGGAGUGGACGCUCAUGUUUGGGCAGAUUCUGAAGACCCUGGUGGUCGCGCUGCUGGUGGCCGGAGUCAUCCCGCUGCUCCUGGGUCUGCUGUUCGAGCUCGUCAUCGUCGCUCCUCUCAGAGUCCCGCUCGACCAAACGCCGCUCUUCUACCCGUGGCAGGACUGGGCUCUGGGAGUGCUCCAUGCUAAAAUCAUCGCUGCUAUCACUCUGAUGGGCCCUCAGUGGUGGCUGAAGACUGUUAUUGAGCAGGUUUAUGCCAAUGGGAUUCGUAACAUCGACCUGCAGUUCAUCAUCCGUAAACUGGCGGCUCCGGUCAUCUCCGUGCUGCUGCUGUCGCUGUGCGUGCCGUAUGUGAUCGCUGCGGGGGUGGUUCCUGCUGUGGGAGUGACCCCAGAGAUGGAGAUCCUGAUGCAGAGGAGAAUCUACCCGUUCCUCCUGAUGAUCGUCUCGCUCAUCGGCAUCCUGUCCUUCCAGAUCCGACAGUUCAAACGCCUCUAUGAACACAUCAAGAACGACAAGUACCUGGUUGGUCAGAGGCUUGUCAACUACGAGCGUAAAUCUGGCAGAGCGGCCUCGGCGCCCCCCCCCCAUCCCCGUCGCAGAGUAGAUGUGUCACUCGUUGUCACAUGUUUGCACCCGUCACCCUGCGUACAUCCUGUGUCCUGUACUUCACCCUUCAUUUAGAUUUUCACCUCAGUCCGUGGACCUCAAUCUGUGGAUCUGAUGGAUAUCGUUCUUGAGUUCCCCUCUCGAGGGACGGGAAGAUGUAUUAUAAUCAUGGGACAGCUGAGAAACCCCCCAUGAGGGUGAUGGGUAGCAGUUUGAUUUGAAGCUCAACAUCUGCAUUGUCGUUCAUGCCUUGCUUUGUAAAGUGCUGCCUGAUAAUUGUACAUGUGUAAAUACUUUGAACGCAGACUUUGUCUUAAAAAAAAAAAGAAAGACGGAUAUGGAAUAAUGCAAUGACCAUUGUAUAUCUUAAAAGUGUAUGUAUAAUUUAUUAAAUCAAACUGACAAUUGAUCUGCUCUUGUCGCAUGUGUUUAAAGACGAGGGACUGCAUAAUGUGGAUGUUUUGUAACUGGUUGAUUUGGGUGUGGAAGUUUUGUAUUUAAACCUGAAAGUUAAAAAGCUUGUAUGAAACAAAGACAGAUCUCAAUGACAAGAUACAUUUUUCACCUACGUUUUUCUAGAAAAUAUCACUCAAAGCGACACGUACCAACUAGGGGUGUUACAAUUCGAUGAUUAUGAAUUCAAUAGGCUCGUAUUGAAGUGAAAACAGAUGCAUAUCAUCAUAAACACCUUUACUUUAAGAUUUCCAUGGCACGUCUGUGUCUCCAUAUCCGUCCAAGUGCACCGCCUAACUGAAAGAUCGGGGUUUUUUUGUCUGCUAGUGCCCUGUAAUAAAAUUGUCAAAUCAAA